AUGGCUCUCAUAGUCGAUAAGCAUCGUCCUCGAUCUCUUGAUUCCUUAACGUAUCAUUCUGAGUUAUCGGAGAGGCUUCGUUCCUUGGCCCAAAGCGGCGACUUCCCUCACCUUCUUGUAUAUGGACCCUCCGGCGCAGGCAAGAAAACCCGCAUCGUCGCGACCUUGAAGGAGCUUUAUGGUCCUGGCGUCGAGAAGAUCAAGAUCGAUGCCCGUGUUUUCCAGACUACCAGCAACCGUAAACUAGAAUUCAACAUCGUAGCCUCCGUUUAUCACCUCGAGAUCACCCCGUCCGAUGUCGGAAACUAUGACCGAUUCGUCGUCCAAGACUUGCUGAAAGAGGUUGCCCAAACCCAACAAGUCGACCAGUCGGCUAAGCAGAAGUUUAAGGUGGUUGUGAUAAACGAGGCCGAUCACUUGACUCGAGAUGCUCAGGCGGCUCUGAGAAGGACGAUGGAGAAAUACAGCCCAAAUUUACGGCUGAUUCUGCUUGCCAACAGCACAGCCAACAUCAUCGCUCCCAUUAGGAGUCGAACGCUCCUCGUGCGAGUCGCGGCCCCAACCGUCGACGAGAUUGCAAAUGUUCUGGCGGAUUCGGCUAAGAAAGAGGGUUGGCCUGUUGUGACGGGAUUACAUAAAAGAAUUGCCGAGGAGAGUGGACGAAAUCUGAGAAGAGCAUUGCUAAUGUACGAAGCUGUACACGCUCAAAAUGAAAAAGUUACCGAUGACACGCCCAUUCCACCGCCGGACUGGGAAGCACUAAUAGCACAAAUCGCAAAAGAGAUAAUGGAGGAGCACUCACCAACCCGUAUAUUGCAAGUCCGGUCGAAGUUAUACGAUCUGCUUACACAUUGCAUACCACCUACGACGAUAUUGAAGACCCUGACGUUCAAGCUCAUCCCCAUGAUCGACGAUGACUUAAAGUACGAGGUCAUUAAGUGGUCCGCCUUUUACGAACAUAGGAUAAGGACAGGAAGCAAGGUGAUCUUUCACCUGGAGGCAUUCGUUGCUAAAUUCAUGCGGAUAAUUGAGAUGUAUUUAAUGAGCAUGGAUAUGUGA